GUGGGCAAGUCGUGCACUUUACACUUAACGACUGGGUAACCAUGAGUGUGUAAACAAACGUACAUGAGCUUCGGUUAGGUACUUGUUUCUGUCCCGCUUACAUAUUGAAAUUGAGUAGUUGGUUGUAAUUUUUCGGUUCCGGAUGGAGAUGUUUGGAAGCACGUUUGACGACUCGGUGUUUUUGCAGGCGAAAGACCGAGUCUCUGUGGCCCUCGCUUCUUAUAACGCCAAACUGUGUGAACCGGAGUGGUUCUGUGAGAGUACUGCUCUCAGUACAGAUGAUCCUUUGGAGAAGCAGAAGGUCUAUAAGUUCAGAGGUGACUUGGCUGUGAAACAGGGGAACCAUCAGAAAGCCUUGGAUGCAUACAGCAGCUGCCUGGAACGGAUCUCUGACAACAACCUGACCAUCAGAAGAGAUGUACUGGAGGGAAUGGCCCGAUGCUGCACGAAACUGGGGCAGAGAGAAAGGGCGCUGGACUUGACGGACUUACUGAGCAAAGAAGCCUCCAACUGCUGUCACCUGAUCAGCCUCCUGCUGCUUAAGGUCAGCAUCUACCAGCAUUUUGGAGCGGUAGGAUCACAGAGGUCGUCUCUGCAGCAGCUGUGCAGCCUGCUGCCCUUCAACCCCUGGCACUGGUACAACCUGGGACAGGCGUGUCUGCAGCUGCUGGAGAGCGACAGCACCACAGGAUCUUGUUCCUCACAGAAGUGUGAAUCAGCAGAAAAAACGCAGAAUAAUGGAGAGACUGAGGAUCAUCAAGAGGAGGCAGCAGCGCUCGAUGAAGACAGAAUUUGGCUACAAGCUUGCACCUGUUUCAUCAGAACAAGACUCCUGUUGAGAAUCCUUCGGAAGCAGCAGUCCUCCUUUGUGUUGCAGCGCACUGAAAGCACCCUACAGACGACAGAUGAGAUGUUACAGAGGCUGAAGCCCAAAGAAACAACCCUGCAGGCUCUCACUGAGGUGUUGUCAGAGGACCUGAUCCCGGAUAAGAUGAGGGAGGACUACCAGGACGGGGAGAGUCUGGCCAGUGUGUGUGUGCAGAACUUCAGGGAUCGCUGGUGGAACAAGAUCUUACUGACUGGUGUGCUAGAGACUGAUGGCCGUCAACAUCAAACACAGACGGACGCAGAGUCCUGAUGCGCCGGUGAUGCCUGUUUACAGACAGGAAGGGACUGCAGAACAUACUGAAGCUCCGUCCCUGUGUAGAUCCCAUCGAAGAGCAAAAUAAUCUGACUGUAUAAACUGAUUCAAGUCUUGAAACAGAAGUGGACAUUAUUGAUAUCAUAACAAGUCUCCAUAAAUACAAAAGUUCAAUGCUGACAAUCUCAAAAAAAAAACAUUUUUAAAGUGCAUAUAACUUGUAACAAUGUAACAGAAAUGUUCAUGAUCGCCUCAACACUUAAUUUAAGCACAGGCUGAACUGCACAUUGAAUGUAGUCGUUAGUUAAUCCUACAGUAUCACGUAAACCAGACGUACACGGACUCACUUCAUACUGAAUGUAAUAUGAUUUAUAACAGAUUCUGUUCUGCAUCGAGGCAGGAAACAAAGUGAGAAAUUAAAAAAACUAUUGAAUGUUCUGCCUAAAAUGUCACUUAUGCCUUAACAUGCUCAUAUCUUAAGAAUGGUUUUAAUAAAAUGUGGGUUUUUUCUGAA